UGUAACAUUUCAAGAGAACAUGGUGCUUAUACCAACAAAGAGAGAAAGAGAAGAAGAAGAAGAGGAAAAUUUCCAUAGCGUAACAACAAUGGCAAAUUUCUUGAUGUUAUUCUCAAACCAAUCAAAUGAUUAUCAUUUUGACAAUAUUAUGAAGUACAACAACUCAACAACUAAUCGAGUUUUCGAGUGCAAGACUUGUAAUCGUAAAUUUUCAUCUUUUCAAGCAUUAGGUGGCCAUAGGGCAAGUCACAAGAAGCCAAGAUUGAUCAAUAUGAGAGAAUUGAAUAACAUGCAAUUAUUUCAGUUGCCUAAUAUUAAACCUAAAACACAUGAGUGUUCCAUUUGUGGGCUUGAGUUUGGUUUAGGACAAGCUUUAGGAGGGCAUAUGAGAAGACAUAGAGCUGUAAUGAAUAAUGAAAAAAUUCAAGAUCCUUUACGUAUUCCUCAAGUUGUUAAGAAAUCGAAGAGAGUUUUGUGCUUGGAUUUGAACUUGACGCCAUUGGAAAAUGAUCACUUGGAGUUUAAUUUGGGUGCAGAUUCAGUUUUCUUCUGAUCUUCUUAUGGAUGUUGUAUUUAUUUAUUUGUUUGGUUGAUGUAAAUUGUUCCUCCUAUAUAUAUUUCUUCAU